CUGCGCUUCUGACCUAUAUGUUCUCACCGACUCCCUCAUCAUAUUGUUAGUAUAUUUCCUUGAAAAAUUCCAUUAAUCUCACGCUCGUAAUUCAUCACAAGUCUCACUAAAUUUAGUUGAAGAACAAUGGCAACAAAGAGGAGUGUGGGUGAUCUGAAGGAGGCGGAUUUGAAGGGGAAGAGGGUGUUUGUGAGGGUUGAUCUGAAUGUUCCUUUGGAUGAGAGUCUCAAGAUCACCGAUGACACCAGAGUCCGUGCCGCUGUGCCCACCAUCAAGUACUUGAUGGGUCAUGGCGCUAAAGUCAUCCUCGCCAGCCACCUUGGGCGCCCAAAGGGUGUUACACCUAAGUACAGCUUGAAACCUCUUGUGCCAAGGCUGUCUGAACUUCUUGGAGUUGAGGUUAAAAUGGCAAAUGAUUGUAUUGGUGAGGAAGUCCAGAUAUUGGUAGCUAAAAUACCAGAAGGCGGGGUUCUCCUCCUUGAGAAUGUGAGGUUUUACAAGGAGGAAGAGAAGAAUGACCCUGAAUUUGCCAAGAAGCUAGCUUCACUUGCAGAUCUCUAUGUGAAUGAUGCAUUUGGAACCGCUCACAGAGCCCAUGCAUCUACAGAGGGAGUUGCUAAAUACUUGAAACCUUCUGUUGCCGGCUUCCUUAUGCAGAAGGAACUUGACUACCUUGUUGGAGCUGUGUCAAACCCCAAGAGGCCGUUUGCUGCAAUUGUCGGUGGCUCGAAGGUGUCAUCCAAAAUUGGAGUGAUUGAAUCCUUGUUGGAGAAGGUUGAUGUCCUUCUUUUGGGUGGAGGAAUGAUGUUUACCUUUUACAAGGCCCAAGGUUACGGUGUUGGUUCCUCCCUUGUAGAGGAAGACAAGCUGGAUCUUGCAACUUCACUUCUUGAAAAGGCCAAGUCCAAAGGUGUCUCACUACUUCUCCCCACAGAUGUUGUGAUUGCUGACAAGUUUGCUGCCGAUGCUAACAGCAAGGUUGUCCCUGCAUCCUGUAUUCCAGAUGGUUGGAUGGGGCUGGAUAUCGGACCUGACUCUAUCAAGACUUUUGGCGAAUCUUUGGAUACUACCAAAACCAUCAUUUGGAAUGGACCUAUGGGUGUGUUUGAGUUUGAUAAGUUUGCAUUGGGAACAGAGGCAAUAGCCAAGAAGUUGGCAGACCUAAGUGAGAAGGGGGUGACAACUAUUAUCGGAGGUGGUGAUUCUGUUGCUGCUGUAGAGAAGGUUGGGCUCACUGAUAAGAUGAGCCACAUCUCAACCGGCGGUGGUGCUAGCUUGGAGUUGCUGGAGGGGAAGACAUUGCCUGGAGUCCUUGCACUCGACGAUGCCUGAGCUGGGGUUUGUCUCCAUAUUUCUAGUAAUGCCAUGGUAUGUUUUUUUGCUCCUUGUUUAGGGGUUUUGGAAACCAUAACAAAGAGGUGAUCCUGUAGAGGCUAUGGAUCAAAUUUUGAAUAAGUAGGUGGUUCUCAGCCAUGAAUCCUGGUGUUUUGCCUGGGAACAACGUUAAUUAUCCUACAACAUAAGUUUUCUAACAGUAUGUUUUUGGUUGUGUGCAUUAUUUUUGAGAUGAAGCCCUUGUUGUUCCUAA